CUUUUCUGAUUCUUCUUCUUCUUUUCUAUUCAUGUUCUGAAAUCCUGUUCUUGAUCAUUGUUGCUUAUGAGAAAUACAUGAUUAUUUGGAAUGCGUCCUGGAUUUCCCUCCUAAUUAAUUGUUUUUGUUUUAUUCUGUAGCGUUUUACGUUCUCCUCGAAGUGAAGGAGUACUGCUACACUCGAGUGUAGCAGUUCAGCCUGUGAUCGGAGACCUGUAAAGGAAUUUAUCUUCCUUUGAAUCUUCUCAGGAAAUGAUUACACCAAUAGGAGUAGCAUUUGCAGUGGGUCUUCUUGGAUGGGUUUAUCGAUCACUGAAACCUUCACCUUCAAAGAUAUGUGGAUCAGAAAAUGGCCCGCCAGUGACUUCACCUAGAGUAAUGCUCAAUGAUGGGAGGCAUUUGGCCUACAGAGUAUUUGGAGUUCCAAAGGAAGAGGCUCAAUACAAAAUCAUUAUGUGCCAUGGCUUCAAUAGCUCCAAAGAUAUGUACUUACCUGCUUCUCAAGAAUUUAUGGAUGAACUCAAGAUAUGUAUAGUAUUAUAUGACAGAGCUGGUUAUGGAGAGAGUGACCCGUAUCCAGCGCGUUCGGUGAAGUCUGAAGCAUUUGAUAUUCAAGAAUUAGCAGACAAAUUGCACCUUGGCACAAAAUUUUAUGUAAUUGGAUGUUCAAUUGGAGCAUCGGGUAUUUGGAGCUGUCUGAAAUACAUUCCACAAAGACUUUUAGGAGCGUCCCUAGUGGUUCCCUUUGCGAAUUUCUGGUGGCCUUCAGUUCCUUCAGCUUUAUCACGACAGGCUUUUAGGAAGCUUCCUCAAUCUUACCAACGGACGUUUCAGAUUGCACAUUACACACCUUGGUUAUACCACUGGUGGAUUACUCAAAAAUGGUUCCCAACAUUGGGGGCUGAUGGCAUGUUCAGUGAUUCAGAUCUAGAGAUAUUAAAGAGACUGUCCGGAGGCUUAAACCAUAACCCGGAAAAAGUGGCGCAACAAGGUGAACAUGAAUCGCUGAACCGAGACAUACUGACUGUCUUGGGAGAAAAAUGGGAGUUUGAUCCCAUCAUCGACGUGAGCAAUCCAUUCCCUGACAACAAUGGCUCUGUUCAUAUUUGGCAAGGUUGUGAAGAUCGUGUCGUUGCUUUUGAGUUUAAUCGUUUUAUAGCAGAGAAACUUCCGUGGAUUCAGUAUCAUGAAGUUCCUGAUGGUGGGCAUCUAAUAAUUCAUGAUGCUGAAAAAUUUGAAGCUAUAAUAAGGGCACUUUUGGCCAGAUGAGUCCACACUUGUCGGGUGACAUUGCCAUCGUGUACUGUACUUUGUAUUUUAUUAGUUGCAUAGUAUCCACGAUAGAUUUCCAUUCAAUAGUGCCAACAAACUGAUCCUCCGAAAGAUAGAUUAAAGAUGAAUGGCAAUUUAUCUUGCUGCUACUGAUUGUGGUAUGUACCUGGACUCGGGUUUAGAACAGCUAUGUUAAGGUGAGGAUCAUAUUCAAAAUCAAA